CUCAAGCGUCUCUUGGUUUUGUCUGAGAUCCAUUUGCUCUCAUUUUUGCCGGAUUUUUGCCGCAUUUCAGGGAUACCUAAUAUUGCAUUUCAGCAGUUUCGGAUUCUUAGAAGGUACUUUGCUUUUGGAUGGGCUUGGCUUCUGCUUCUUCUUGGUCGCAUCUCUCAUUGAGAAGCAGGUUGUUUCUUCAUAGUGAAUGUAGUCUCCAACAGUCAAAGUUUUACUUUUUUGAGGUUGCUAAACAGUUCAAAGGUGAAAUUUUUAAGACCAAUCUGCACACAGAAUCUAUGUCUUCUUAUUCUCGGAAGGGAUUAUGUGGACAAGUUGCAGCAUUACCAGAUGCUAAUGAUUUCUUCUCGGACAAGGCUCCAACACCAAUUCUGGACAUGGUUGAUACACCAAUUCAUCUGAAGAAUUUAUCUAUCAAGGAACUAAAACAGCUAGCUGAGGAAAUUCGUUCGGAGAUAUCUUUUAUAAUGUCAAAAUCAGGACCUCUUUUCAAAGCAAGUCUUGCUGUAGUGGAGCUGACAAUUGCCAUACAUUAUGUUUUUAAUGCCCCGGUUGACAAGAUACUGUGGGAUAUUGGAGAUCAGACAUAUGCACAUAAGAUUCUCACAGGAAGGCGCUCUUUGAUGCAUACUAUCAUGCAAAAGAAUGGAAUCUCUGGUUUCACAUCUCGUAGGGAGAGUGAGUACGAUGCAUUUGGUGCUGGGCAUGGAUGUAAUAGUAUUUCAGCCGGACUUGGCAUGGCAGUAGCACGAGAUUUGAAAGGAAAGAAGGACCAGGUGGUUACGGUAAUUAGUAAUUGGUCAACUAUGGCUGGUCAGGUGUAUGAGGCUAUGGGCAAUGCUGGAUAUCUUGAUUCUAACAUGGUGGUAAUUUUGAAUGAUAGCCGACAUUCUUUACAUCCUAAGCAAGAGGAAGGUGUAAAACCAACGAUUAAUGCCCUCUCAAGCACCUUAAGCAAGCUUCAGUCAAGUAAAUCUUUUCGCAGAUUUAGAGAAGCCGCAAAGGUUGUUACAAAAAGAAUCGGUAAAGGUAUGCAUGAAUGGGCAGCCAAAUUUGACGAAUUUGCUCGUGGCAUGGUAGUUCCUCUUGGAGCAACCCUUUUUGAAGAACUUGGGUUGUAUUAUAUCGGACCAGUUGAUGGGACGAGUAUUGAAGAUCUUAUAUGUGUGCUUAAUGAAGUGGCAUCACUAGAUUCAACUGGACCUGUAUUGAUACAUGUUAUUACAGAGGCUGAGCAGGGGCUAGCUGAUAUAACUAAUGGGGCAUUAAAUUCUGGAUUAUUAGCAUCUCCUGAUACUAUUUCAUGCAAACUAUCUGGGACAUUUAAUGAUUGCCUUGUUGAGUCUUUAAUUGCCGAAGCUGAGAAGGACAAAGACAUAGUAGUAGUUCAUGCAGGCAUGGGAAUUGAUGCAUCACUCAAUCUUUUUCAGUCGAAAUUUCCAGAAAGAAUUUUUGAUGUGGGUAUGGCAGAGCAACAUGCUGUUACUUUUGCUGCUGGCCUUUCUUGCGGGGGGUUGAAGCCGUUUUGCAUAAUUCCAUCUACUUUUCUGCAAAGAGCAUAUGAUCAGAUCAUUGAAGAUGUUGAUCUUCAGAAUGUUCCUGUGCGAUUUGCUGUCACAAGUGCAGGGUUAGUGGGACCAGAUGGUCCUACAAAAUGUGGAGCUUUUGAUAUUGCAUUCAUGGCAUGUUUACCAAACAUGAUUGUCAUGGCACCAGCAGAUGAAGAUGAACUAAUUUCCAUGGUGGGCAUUGCUGCAAAUACUAAUGACAGGCCUGUUUGUUUUCGAUGCCCUGGUGUGGGUUCUAUCUCUGGGAUAUUUGGUCCCUUAUGCAGUGUGACACCAAUUGAGGUAGGGAAAGGAGAAAUUCUAGUUGAGGGAAGGGAUGUGGCAUUGCUUGGGUACGGAGUGAUGGUUCAGAACUGCCUAAAGGCUCAAUCUCUGCUUGCUGAGCUCAAUAUCCAGGUGACCGUAGUCAAUGCGAGGUUCUGUAAGCCAUUGGACAUUGAGCUUGUUCGAAAGUUAUGUAGAGAACAUGAAUUUCUCAUAACUGUAGAGGAGGGGAGCAUUGGAGGGUUUGGUUCGCAUGUUGCGCAGUUUAUUGCUCUUGAUGGAUUACUAGAUGGGAGGACCAAGUGGAGGCCUAUUGUACUGCCAGACAGUUACAUAGAGCAUGGAACCCUUAUAGAACAGCUUGAUACAGCUGGCUUGAGCGGUCAUCACAUUGCAGCCACAGCGUUGAGACUGUUAGGACGAAACAGAGAGGCUCUCAUGCUCUUGCGUUGAGAAGAAUGACCACAAAAAGAGAGCAACUUGUGCAGGGCUGGCUUCAAAUAAUCAAUGAUCUUGCAUGCGCUUUUGGCAUUUCGUUAUCAUGCAAGUUGAUGAGGAGAUGGUGCUUGCGCCAGUGACAAACAAGGGAUAGAGGUAACUGGUGCAUAUCUCGUGUGCAAAUUUGUUACCUCUGUGAGAGAGAUGUGAGUUGGUGGUGGCUAUAUAUAUUUCUUUUGAUGCACAUAACAUUGUUGUGCAUUAAGAAGAGAAUGUUGUGUGUUGUUUAUGUACAAUGUUCAUUUUGUUCAUCAACCUAUCUCAGGUUUGGGGAGAAAUUUGGUUAUGUUAGUCAUAUGUACUUGGUAUCAAUUACUUUUAUCUACAACUGUAAUUGAUUCAUCAAAGUGCUCAAAUUAUGAAAACACUAG